AUGGCGUGUCCGCGGUUGCCGUGGAGCCGGCAGAACAGACAGCAGGAGCUAGACGUACGCCAGCUAGUCCGGCAUGUGACAGGCCUGCAGGACGAGGCGGACCCCAACUUCCAGCUCUCUCUGCACUUCGCCUGGUCCAACUUCAGGUUUCAUCGUUUCUUGGAUGUCAACAGCCACCAGGUACAAAAGACCAUUGAAAGAAUUUAUGAAAAGUUUGUCAUUCAUUCUGAUCUCAACAAAGCUGCUAGUUGGAAGAGAUUAACUGAGGAAUUUCUAAAUGCGUCACUUCCAAGCAUAAAGGAACUAAAGACAGAUGCUCACUAUUCCAUCCUGUCGUUCCUUCUGUGUCUCUCUGAGUCUCCUUCAAACCACAAUUACGUGGAAACACCAAGAGAGAAGGAAGUCGGAAAGAAAGAUGAUUUUGACUGGAGAACAUAUUUGAUGGAAGGCGAAGAAAUGGACUUUGUUCCAAGUGUAAAUUCACCAAGCUGGUCUGAAGAAAGUGAAGGCGAAGAUGAUCAACAGCCUUUAAACAGAGAGGACUCUGGGAUCCAGGUGGACAGGACACCAUUAGAAGAACCAGAUCAAAAGAGAAAACCGGGGCCCGGAGUCAGCUGGAAAGAUGAGACAGAUGACCAGAACUGGCUGGAAGAGCAUGUGGUUCUACGGUACUGGACGACCAGGCCUGUAGGGUUUCCUCACAGUUUACAUUUGCACUCUAAUUUAGCGGCUGUCUGGGAUCAGCACUUGUAUAGCAGUGACUCAUUGUAUGUUCCCGAUGACAGAGUGUUUGUUACGGAGACUCAGGUUAUUCGGGAAACUUUAUGGUUACUUUCAGGUGUCAAAAAUCUCUUUAUAUUUCAGUGGACAGAUGGGAAGAUAACUGUGAGAAACAAUAUUGUAGUAACUCAUUUAACACAUAGCUGUUUACGAUCAGUGCUGGAACAAAUAGCGGCAUAUGGCCAGGUUGUGUUCCGGCUCCAGGAGUUCAUCGAUGACGUCAUGAGGCACAGUUCUGACAGCGCACUCCCUGGGAACUGUUCCAUUCCAAAGAAGUCUGCCAAAGCUCCCUUUAGGACCUACCAGGCUUUCAUGUGGGCCCUGUACAAGUAUUUCAUUAGUUUUAAAGAAGAACUUACAGAAAUUGAGAAGUCUAUCAUCAGUAAUGAUACUACGAUAACCCUUUCUAUAGUGGUGGACCGGUUAUCGCCACGACUGGCACAGCUCAAGGUUCUGCACAAAAUAUUCAGCACCGGAGUAGCGGAAGUUCCACCGGACACACGAAAUGUUGUUCGGGCAUCUCACCUCCUCAACACACUGUACAAGGCCAUCCUGGAGUAUGACAGUGCUGGAGAGGCUUCUGAGAAAACUGUCUCCCUUUUGUUUUCCCUCUGGGUGGAAACUGUGAGGCCCUACCUGCAGACUGUGGACGAGUGGAUAGUGCACGGACACCUAUUAGACUGCGCCAAGGAAUUCAUCAUCCAGAGAAACAAAAAUGUUCCAGUAAAUCACAGAGACUUUUGGUAUGCCACUUACACGUUGUAUAGCGUAUCAGAAAAGAGUAAAAAUGAAGACAGAUUGAGUGAUAACGCUAGCGCGAGUUCUGGCAGUGACCAGGGACCGUCCAGCAGGCAGCAUACCAUGGUGUCCUUCCUCAAACCUGUCCUCAAGCAGAUCAUCAUGGCCGGCAAGUCGAUGCAGCUGCUCAAGAACCUACAGUGCGUGGAGAGCGCCAGCUGCCAUGCUGCAGCGAGAGAUGCAGAGAGAAAAAGUUUAUAUAACCUUUUUUUGGAAUCUGUGCAAUCCCGUCUCCGGCAAGGAGAAGAUACUACUCCACCAGGUCUUAGUGAACUGCAGGCCACCAAAGAGAGCCUCAUUCAGAUGCAGUCCAUUGCUGAAAGACACCUCGUACCGGACGACGUGCCUGACCCACUGCUGGCAAUAAACUUCGCAAGGUUGUAUUUGGAGCAGAGUGACUUUCAUGAGAAGUUUGCUGGAGGUGAUAUCUGUGUGGAUAGAUCGUCCGAAUCUGUGACGUGCCAGACUUUUGAACUAACGCUGAGAUCUUGCCUCUACCCUCAUAUCGAUAAACAAUACUUAGAUUGCUGUGGAAAUCUCAUGCAAACAUUAAAAAAAGACUACAGGUUGGUAGAAUACUUGCAGGCCAUGAGAAAUUUUUUCUUAAUGGAAGGUGGUGAUACCAUGUAUGACUUCUACACAUCAAUUUUUGAUAAAAUAAGAGAAAAGGAAACCUGGCAGAAUGUGUCUUUUCUCAAUGUCCAACUCCAGGAAGCAGUGGGACAGCGUUAUCCCGAAGACAGUUUACGUCUGUCUAUAUCUUUUGAAAAUGUUGACACAGCCAAGAAGAAACUUCCUGUUCAUAUGUUAGAUGGUCUGACCCUGAGCUACAAGGUGCCAUGGCCUGUGGACAUUGUUAUAAGUUUGGAAUGUCAAAAAAUUUACAAUCAGGUGUUCCUUCUUUUAUUGCAAAUCAAGUGGGCUAAAUAUAGUCUGGAUGUUUUACUAUUUGGUGAGCUGGUUAGCGCUUCGGAAAAACCACAACUGAAAGAAGGACUUUCACGUGAACAAGACAGGAAUGCGCCGUUUGGACCACAGAAGGAAUCUGUACGACAGCAGAUUCAUCGGAUGUUUCUCUUAAGAGUGAAGCUCAUGCAUUUUGUGAACAGCUUGCACAACUACAUCAUGACCAGGAUUCUUCACAGCACAGGGCUGGAGUUCCAACAUCAAGUCGAGGAAGCCAAGGAUUUAGAUCAGUUGAUUAAAAUUCACUAUAGAUACUUGUCUACCAUCCAUGAUCGAUGUCUGCUAAGAGAAAAGGUUAGCUUUGUUAAAGAAGCCAUCAUGAAGGUGUUGAAUUUGGCACUGAUGUUUGCAGAUGGAUGGCAAGCAGGCCUAGGGGCUUGGAAGAUGGAAUCUAUCGAGAAGAUGGAGUCCGAUUUUAAAAAUUGCCAUAUGUUUCUUGUAACUAUUUUGAACAAAGCUGUCUGCAGAGGAUCCUUUCCCCACUUGGAGUCUUUAGCACUGUCACUCAUGGCUGGCAUGGAGCAAAGUUAG